AUGGCAGACUUUUGGGCCGGCUACAUCUCUGGCGCAGCCUCUAUAAUAAUCGGAUCACCACUCGAUAUAAUUAAAGUCCGCCUCCAGUCCGGUCCCCUGAAUAUUAGUCCAACUGCCCAAACAUACAGCUUCGAGAACCUCGGCAGUUUAGUUAGAGGCGCAGCAGCUCCACUCGUCGGGUAUGGAGCUCUAAACGCCCUUCUUUUUGUCUCCUACAACCGCACGCUCGAACUCCUUGGAGACACGCCUGCAAACCCCUCUAGUCUUUGGAAGAUUUGGGUUGCAGGAGCAGCCGGAGGACUGGCUACCUUUUGUGUUAAUUCACCUACCGAUCUAGUAAAAUGUCGCGCCCAGUUAAGCGCCAGCGGUGAAUCUUCCUGGAGCAUAACCAAGCAAAUCCUACGUUCACAAGGAAUCCGGGGACUAUAUUUCGGGGGAGUGGUAACGAGUCUUCGGGACUCAAUUGGAUACGGCUUCUACUUCCUACCUUAUCAGUAUAUUCAAAAGGUCCUAGACGGCAAUUUCGAUAUGAGCGACCACUAUGCCUUCAAGAUCCUACUUUCUGGAGGGUUGGCCGGAUGCAUUUCGUGGGCCUCUAUCUAUCCACUAGAUCUCGUCAAGACCCGAUAUCAGACGCAAUUUACUGCUUCUGAGGCGCCGUUGCUUCCGAAUCAGAACCGGAAUGCUGCGCCUAUGGGCGCUGAGAUGAGUACUUGGGAGUGCGCGAAAGCGGCGUACAGAGAAGGUGGAAGGAAGAUUUUCUUCAACGGACUAGGAAUAUGUAUGGCGAGAGCUUUUCUGGUAAACGCAGCAGGGUUCUUUGUGUAUGAAUGGGCCUUGGCCCAGCUCCAGCCCUCGAGGUCACGGGGAUAUGGGAGCGAUUCGAUGGGAGUGGGCGCUUAA